CUCUUUUAUUUUUCCUCUUCAUUCCCACCUCCAAUCUUUCUUGCUUUCUCCUUUCUCUCUCUCUCUCUCUCUCUCUCUGGAUCUUUCUCUGCAAAUACUAAAACUCCUCCUCUUGUUGAUUUGAUUCUCCACUUGUGUGUAUUAUCUCACAAAAAUUAAGAACCACUCAAUCAACCUUUACAAGAAAAAAGAAAAGAGAGAAAGCUAUAGCUCAAGAAUUGAACCAUGGUUUUCUCUUCUAUCCCAGCUUAUCUUGAUCCAGCCAACUGGCAACAAAUAUUUGUUCUUCUUUCUAUUUUACAGCAACCAAAUAAUCACCACCAGCCUGGCGGAACUAGUGGUGCAAACACUCAUCAGCUUCCUCCACCUCCACCUCCACCACCACUUCCUCAACCUCAUGGAAGCGGAGGUGCGGGCUCGAUCCGACCUGGUUCAAUGGCAGAUCGAGCCCGUCUGGCUAACAUACCUAUGCCAGAGACAGCAUUAAAAUGCCCAAGAUGUGAAUCAACAAACACAAAAUUUUGCUAUUUCAACAACUACAGUCUUACGCAGCCUCGACACUUCUGCAAAACCUGUAGAAGGUACUGGACAAGAGGAGGUGCUCUAAGGAAUGUCCCAGUUGGUGGUGGUUGUAGGAGAAACAAAAGAAGCAAAGGAAGCAACUCAAAAUCUCCGGUCAGUGGUGAUCGCCCAACGGGUUCUGGUUCCUCAAGUACCGUAUCAUCUAAUAGUGGAACCAGUGAUAUGCUAGGCCUUGUACCACAGGUUCCACCGUUAAGGUUCAUGGCUCCUCUUCAUCAUCUAUCCGAAUUUGCUACUGGAGAUAUCGGGUUAAACUAUGGUGCCCUUUCAGGUCAAGUUGGAGGACCAAGUGACUUGAAUUUUCAAAUAGGGAGUGCUUUAGCUAGUGUUGGUCUUGGUGGUAGUGGUGGUGGUUGUGGAAGUGGCAGUGGCAGUGGCGUUGGUGGUUCACUUUUGUCAGUGGGUGGUCUAGAGCAGUGGAGGUUACAUCAAGGGCCGCAAUUUCCUUUCUUGGGUGGGUUAGAUUCUUCUUCUUCUAAUUCAGGGUUAUACCCAUUUGAAAGUAGUGGUGGUGGUGAACCAUCUGGUUAUGGUGGCGGGGUAGGUCAAGUCAGGCCAAAGAUAUCAAGUUCUUUAACAACCCAGUUCGCAUCAGUGAAAAUGGAAGAUAAUCCAGAAUUGAAUUUGUCAAGACAGCUUCUGGGUAUGACAGGGAAUGAUCACUAUUGGACUGGAACUGCAUGGACAGAUCUUUCUAGUUUUAGCUCUUCUUCUACUAGCAAUCCAUUAUAAGUCUUUUGCCAUGGAAUGAAGCUCAUGAAGCUAAGUUUUUUUUUUUUUUUUUUUUUUUCCUUUUUCUGAAGUAGGAUCUUU